AUGGCGCCGUCCAACCCACGCGUCUACUUCGAUCUCGAGAUCGGAGGGAUCGACGCGGGGCGGGUCGAGUUCGAGCUCUUCGCCUCGGUCUGCCCAAAGACGGCCGAGAACUUCCGCGCCCUCUGCACCGGCGAGAAGGGCCCGCUCUCCUUCUCGGGCUCCUCCUUCCACCGCGUCAUCCCCGGCUUCAUGUGCCAGGGCGGCGACUUCACCAACGGCAACGGGACGGGCGGCGAGUCCAUCUACGGCGAGAAGUUUGCAGACGAGUGGGAAGGCGGCUGGGUGGCGCACGACAGGCCCUUCCUCCUCUCGAUGGCAAACGCGGGCCGCAACACAAACGGCUCACAGUUCUUCAUCACCACCGCCCACACGCCGCACCUCGACCAGCGCCAUGUCGUCUUCGGCCGCGUCGCCUCGGGAGACGCCGUCGUGAGAGCCGUCGAGGCGGUCGGCUCGUCGGGCGGAGCGCCGCGCCGGCCCGUCCGCAUCUCGGCGUGCGGAGAGCUUCCCACGCAGUAG